AUGGGAAACAGCUGUGGCUGCUUUGGAGAUGGCUCAAAAAAUGAAGCGCACCCAGAUAUGGAAAUCGUUAAUUUAUCUAGUGAGCGAAAACGCGAAAAGUCUCUCAAAGAAAGUGAGCUCCCAGGCUCAGUUCUUACAAAUCCUCUCACUGAAGACACAUCUAAGAAGCUUUUUUUAGACUACUACUCCUCUGCAAGCGAAAAAGCAAGAGCUGCUGAAUCUAGGCUAGGCCAAUAUCAGUUUAAAUCUGACGAUAAUUGCUUAGACGACCUUGGCCCUCCUAUUCGAUCUAAAGAAGGAUGAACUUAUAUUGGUCAGCUUGAUCAAUUUGGCAAGAAAUCAGGCAGAGGCAUUUUUCUAUGGGAAGAUGGGUCAAAAUACGUAGGUUACUGAAAAGAUGAUAGAGCUAAUGGCCAUGGUAGACUGAUUCACGCAGAUGGAGAUGUAUAUGAAGGAGAAUGAAAAAAUGAUAAAGCCCAUGGAAGAGGAAAAUACAUUCACUUCCAUGGUGCAACCUAUGAAGGAUCAUGGGUUGAUGACAAACAAGAAGGCUAUGGCGUCGAGACCUGGACUGAUGGAGCUUAUUACUGCGGAAAUUACCUUAACGGUCUAAAGCAUGGAUAUGGAGAAUUCCAUUGAGCUGAAAAUUCUGUAUAUAAAGGCGAAUUCUUCUAUAACAACAUACAUGGUAGAGGAAUUUAUACAUGGGAAGAUGGAAAAGUCUAUGAAGGAGAAUGAAGGGAUAACAAAAUGCAUGGCAGCGGUAAAUUCACAUGGCCUGACGGAAGAGUUUAUAGGGGAGAAUAUGUGAACGAUAAGAAGGAAGGGUACGGAGAAUUCGAAUGGCCGAGUGGAAAGAAAUACAUGGGAUAUUGGAAAAAUGGAAAGCAGCAUGGCAAAGGGACAUACAUUGGAAGUAGAGGAGAACGAAUUGAAGGAGAGUGGAUAAAUGGAAAGUUAGUUGAAUAG